CUUUCUUUUCCAGUAUUUUUACGUUUAACGCGGUUUGUGGGAUCAGCAACUCCGCGUAGCUUCAGCAAUGAAAGAUCAACACCACCUCCUUUUUUAACACAGCAAAUUAAAACCCUCAUCUAACACUUAAUCUUCUCUUCUUCUUAGAAGUUAUGGACAUCAUUUCCAUUUUGUUUUUUCUUCUUCUUUUCAUUGCCAGCCUUGUUUAUAUUUCCUUUCAUUUUCCCACCAACAAGUUCCACGCAUGGAUCCGCUCUUUCUUCACUAACACUUGUCCAAAAACAGCCGGUACUGUUGCUUCUGUUAGUGCCCGGGAAAUUUCUGAAUCUCCCAAAGAAAGGAAGAGUGGUAGUGGUUGUAAGAAAGUUGAGCUGAAGAGGGUAUUCGCCACGUUUGACAAGAACGGUGAUGAGUUCAUAACAAAGCAAGAGCUUCAAGAUUCGUUGAAAAGCCUGAGUAUUUUUGUUACAGAGAAGGAAGUGGAAGAAAUGGUGGUCAAAGUUGAUGCUAAUGGAGAUGGGUUAAUUGACUUGGAUGAGUUCAGCUUGUUAUACGAGGGUUUGAUUGGGCAUCAAGAAGAUCAUGGAGGUUCAGAGAAUAUUGAAGCAGAAGGGGAUUUAAAGGAGGCUUUCGAUGUGUUUGAUAAAGAUAAAGACGGGCUAAUUUCAGUGGAGGAGUUGGGUUGUGUUUUGUCUUGUUUAGGUAUAAACGAAGGGAAGAAGAUUGAAAAUUGCAAAGAGAUGAUUAGGAGGGUUGAUAGUGAUGGAGAUGGCAUGGUUAAUUAUGAUGAGUUCAGGAGGAUGAUGAAACCUGGAGGUAAGCUUCUUACAGCUUUCUGAUUCUCAAUGGUUUACAAUUUCAUCCUUACUUCCCCUUCUGUUGAAGGUCUGUCGAGCUUUUCCCCGGAGAAUAGGCUCGACUUAUUCAUAUAAUGUUUUUGUUACUUGAAAGAAGAAAAAACCAAAGCUUGGUAUCAAGUACAAAUUGUAAAUACAACAAUAAGUGUUGUUCUUCAAAAAAUGUUUGGCUUCAACCUCAGAUAUACCCUAAAGUACAUAUUUGUACAGGCUCUGAUGGUUUCAGAAUGUUCAAUAUAUUUUUAAUAAAAUUUUCCUGGAGUUUGAGCUUGGAUAAAA